AUGGUCGUUAAUCGUGAAAUCACAACGGUUGAGUAUGGGCUUGAAUCUGAAUCAUUGCAUAUGACUGAGGGAGACUGCCCUAGACUGGAUGACAGUGGGAUACCGCUACUAAAAGAUGUGAGAUGCAUAAUAAAUGAGGCCAGUCGUUUGCUUCCAUUCACCAAAUACUUGGCCGAUGAGGCAGAAUUUACUAGGAUGUAUGGGAGAGUUUUGCAUCUUCUGAAUGUUCCAGUACUGCCAUUAGCCAUAAAAACCUUAAUUCAUUUUUGGGAUCCUGAAUAUCGAUGUUUUACAUUUGGGAAUAUCGAUAUGGUUCCUACCAUUGAAGAAUACGGGGUCUUGACAGAAUUUCCUGAGGAUAUCCAUAAGGUUUACUUUCAUCAAAAGAUUGAGAAUACUAUAGAGGAGCUCGCUAAGCUAUUGGGAAUCCGUCAAAUAAGCUUAUAUAGAGAAAAAAAUAAUUCUGGGGGUUUGAGAUGGAAACGACUAGAAGAGCUUUUGAUUGCUAAAAAGUCUAAUAUUGAUGUUAAUUUAGAGGUAUACCGAAUAUUGGCUUUGGGGAUAUUUGGGUUGAUUUUGUUUCCUUCGACGACCGGAAUUAUCAGUUUAGAGGCAGCUAAUUUGUUUAUGGAGUAUGAGAAGACCAAAAUUAAUCCUUCUGCUGCGAUCUUGGCUGAAACUUUUUUAUCUCUCAAUCAUUGCAAAAAGAUUGGGAAAGGUUCUAUGAGAUGUUGUGUUCCAUUGUUGUUCAUUUGGAUGGUAAGCCAUAUAGAAUCCGAGACACCAGUAUUCCGAAAUUUUUGGUGGUUUGAUCAAAAGCCACUCGAGUUAUUUGUAUCAAGUGAAUGGGAAAACUUUUCUGAAGAUGAUUGGAGGGUAAAAUUGCAAGGAAUUCCGCAAAGCAAUUUUAAUUGGAGAGCCCCAUGGAUGAAAAAUGUAGCAUACCUAAUGAGUUGUGGGAAAAAGCCUUGGGUACCUUUGAUUGGGGUGACCGGGUAUAUUAGUUAUGCACCUGCUUUGGCUGCAAGACAACUUGGGGGCAUACAAAGCAUUCCAAGAACAGUUGGUUUAGCUCAAUUCACUGGAGUCUACCAAGGAGCAUAUAAUGAAAUGCUAGAGAGCAUUAAGCAUGAUUGGGGUUCUUUGGUGAUAGUUAAAAAGGAGAUAGGUGUAAGGAAUCCUAUGGUUAGUGAAAGGUAUCCCGAAUGGCGUAAUGGAGGAGUCUCUUAUAUGGCAGAAGUUUCUGAAUCUGUGGGCACUCGAAGGAAAAGAGUGAACAGUGAAGAAGAAUUAAGGGAACAAGUAAAAUUGUUACAAGCCGAGCUUAAAGCAAAGGAGGAGCAUAGAGUGUCCUUGGAGCAGCAGUUAGCCAAAGAAAGAGCUGUGAGAAAAACAGUGGAAGAAGAAAGGGACUCUGUGGGUCAAGACUGGAUAAAGGCAAAGGAUGAAUUGAAGGUGAUCAAUAAAGACUUGACAUAUUAUAUGGAAAAAGCUAAGCAUUGGGAAGAGUCAGCUAUCAAGACGCAAACUGCAUUAAAAAUGCGUCGGGCGGACGUAGUCAAGCUUAAAGACCAAUUAGGGAGAACGGAGAUUGAAAUAGCCAACACUAAACAUGUGAAUAAAAUACAUGAAGAGCAAAAAGUAGCGUUGAAUGAUCAUAAGGUUGAAGCAGAAGCAUUGAGAUCUAAGCUGGAAAAAGAAAAAUUGAAGACCGCACAGCUUAUAGAAAACCAGAAAAUGAUAAAGCAGCACAAUCAAACAUUGGACAAUGCUAAUAACUUUUUGUCUAGAAACAACUUGAUUCAUACUGAAAGGAUAAGAGAACUACAAGAUCAAAUUGAUAGAGCAGUUGCAGAAGCCCAUUUAUUACGAGUGGAAGCUCGCCAAGUAGGAGGAGACAUAAUGAAAUAUCGAAGAAGCAUGGAUAACACCGAUCUUUUUUUAAGAGCAAUAGCUACUAAAGGUCCCCAACUGAAACGUAUUCAUAAUACUCGUUCACGAAAGAAAAUGGAAAAUGAAGAGAGAGCUCAGUUAGAAAUGCAACACCAAAGAGAGUUGGAAAGCCUGAAAGAGGAUGUGGCAAGGCUCACUAGCUUGCUCGAGCAAGCUUUGAGGCCUAGAGCUGGGGAAGGAACAUCUUCUCAACAAACAUGUACACCUCAGCCUCCACCUUCCUUUAUUCCGCCAUUCGAACCUCAGCAUGCUGCUCCUUUCGCACCUACUCAAUCAACACAUCCAAUGAGGAUCCCUCAUAUUGUGUUGACAGAAGAAGAACCUCAAAGGAACAAGAUAAUAGAGGAAAAUGGUCAUGAGAAACUAGCUGCCUUAGAAGAAAGAAUGAAGGCAAUAGAAGGGAAUAGUUUGUAUGAUCCCGUGAAGGCCGCUAAAAUGUGUUUAGUGCCUAACGUGGUUAUUCCUAGAAAAUUCAGAGUUCCAGAAUUUGUUAAAUACACCGGAACUCAGUGCCCAAUCACCCAUCUUAAAGCAUAUUGUAAUAAGAUGGCUGAAGUAGUCCAUGAUGAGAGAUUAUUGAUCCAUUUCUUUCAGGACAGUUUAAGUGAUGCUGCUCUUGCUUGGUAUAUGCGUUUGGAUAAUACCAAGAUUAAAGGAUGGAAGGACUUGGUUGAUGCUUUUGUUAGACAAUAUAAGUUCAACAUGGAUAUUGCCCCAGAUAGAUCAAGUCUGCAAGCCAUGGAAAAAGGCAAUAAGGAGUCUGUAAGAGAAUAUGCCCAAAAGUGGCGUGAAUUAGCUGCACAAGUAAGUCCUCCAUUGUCGGAAAGGGAGAUGACUGGCUUAUUUUCCAAUACUUUUAAAGCCCCGUACUUUGAGUACCUGGUAGGCAGUGCAGCACAAAAUUUCUCCGAUUUGGUUGUCAUAGCUGAAAGGAUCGAACAAGCCGUUCGGACGGGUAGGAUCGUGGAUCCUACUGAAAAAAGAGGUUUUAUUGGGAAGAGGAAAGAAACAGAAAUUCACAAUGUUGAAAGGGAAAGUAGAGGGAAGAAAACCUACCAAGAUAAUUACAGCUUUAAAAGUAUUCCCCCUACCCCCUCUAUAUCCAAUAUAAAAUUCUCUUCACCUACAAACACCCAAAACAACCCAAUAAACAACCAAACCAAUAAUGCCUACCGCCCAAGAAGAAAUUUUCCAACAGAUCAAGUGCAACUUCCACCAUUACCCAUGUCUCUUACUGAAAUGCACCAAAGAUUGCUUAGUAUUGGUCAGGUAGCACCUAUUCCAUUAGAACCUUUACAACCACCAUUUCCCUUUUGGUAUAAACCCGAUCAAAAAUGUGAAUACCAUGCUGGUGCUGUUGGUCAUAAUAUUGAUGGAUGUAUUGCAUUCAAACGAAAAAUCCUUCAGCUUAUCAAAGCUGGUUGGAUUUCUUUUGAUGAGUCUCCAAAUGUGAAUUCUAACCCUCUACCAAAUCAUGCUUCUGGAAGCGGGGGAGUUAAUAAUUUGGAGAUAGGAAGGGGAAGUACAUCAACUUUAAGGGUGACUAUGGAUAGAUUGUAUGGGAUGUUGAGGCAAACAGACUAUUUAAAGACACCAGUCAAAGUACAAGCUGUAAGGAAUGAUAAUGAAUAUUGUAAAUAUCAUCAGCAGCUUGGGCAUGAUAUCGACUCGUGUGAGGAGUUCCAUUUGGAGGUAGAAAAUAUGAUGACAUUGGGAGUAUUAAGAUUAAUAAAACCCAAAGAAGAUGAGUUGGUAGGAACAAUGACUGGUUGUAACAAGAAGGUGGAAGUUUGUAGAUAUAUACCAACCGAAAAGGGUCCACCAAAAAUGAUCCUAACCAAGCCUAUGAAUACUGUUAGCGGGAGUUUUAGUGCCCAACCAUAUAAUUAUGGUUAUUCCUUUCACAACACAAAUCCUGCCCUUGUUUUCCAUGCUGAAAUAGGAGGACUCACUCGAAGUGGGAGAUGUUUUACUCCUGAAGAGUUGGAAAAUCACAGAAAAGCCAAAGGAAAGGAUAUGGUGGAAUUGGCAAAGACCGAUGAGGUUAAUAAGCCAGUAAGUGAUGAAGAGGCUAAUGAAUUUCUGAAAUUGAUGAAACACAGUGAAUAUAGUGUGGUUGAUCAGCUAAAGAAAACACCGGCUAGGAUUUCUUUGUUAUCAUUAAUGUUGAGUUCAGAAUUGCAUAGGAACGUGCUUCAGAAGGUUCUUAAUGAAGCAUAUGUUCCUCAGGAUAUCACACAAGACUCCAUAGAACAUUUGGUGGGCAGGAUUCAAGCCACCAACUACCUCUACUUUACCGAUGAUGAGCUGGAUCAUGAAGGGACCGGUCAUAAUAAACCAUUGCACAUCACAGUAAAAUGCAAGGAUUGUGUGGUAGCUAAGGUGCUUAUAGAUAAUGGUUCUGCUCUCAAUGUAUUACCAAGACAUGUACUUGAUAAAAUGCCAGUUGAUGCCUCUCACAUGAAGCCAAGUACCAUGACUGCUAGGGCAUAUGAUGGGUCACCUCGACCAAUCAUUGGGAGUAUUGAUGUUGAACUAAUCAUUGGCCCACAACCAUUUCAAGUCACAUUACAAGUAAUGGACAUUCAUCCAUCAUAUAGCAUGUUACUGGGGAGACCUUGGAUCCAUGCAGCCCGAGCUGUCGCAUCUUCUUUACAUCAACGGGUCAAGUUUAUCAUCAAUGGAAAUUUGGUGACUGUGAGGGCUGAGGAAACUUUAGCAACAACGAAAAAUGUAUCGAUCCCUUACAUAGAAACUGAAGAAAGUAAGGAUGGAAAUUUGCAUGCAUUUGAAGUUGUAAAUGCUGAAUGGGUACCAGAAAAUACGAUACGAAGGAAACCAGAAAUUUCUGAAGCAGCAAAAAUGGUUGCUAAAUACUUCUUAAAGCAUGGACUGCCAUUUCAAUAUGACCACACUACCGGAAUGCCUGAGAGGGUUAAUGUGAUAAAAAUGAAGUGCGCGGAUCAAAGGUUUGGCUUAGGGUUUAAGCCUGGGAAAGCAGAUUUCAAAAGAGCAGCUGAAAUUAGAAGAGAAAAGAGAAUGGCCCGGAUUGAAAGGAGAGAACCAGAUGAAGAUCGAAUGGAAAUCCCACCAAUCCAUGUAACGUUCCCAAGACCCGCAUAUGUGAUAAAAACUGAAGAUUAUGAGGGAGGACUAAGAAAGGAAUUCAAUGGUGUUACUAUCAAUUAUCUUGAAAAAGACAGUGAACAAGAGUUAAAGGAAGAAGAUAGUACUCAUGAACAGUUGCCUCAGCUGACUAUUAGCGUUUUGGAAGAUGGCUCAUCAGAAUUCGUGAGGAAACUGGUCGAGGGAGAAGAUUUAGCAAAUUGGGAAAUUCAUGAAGUUCCAAUUAUUUUCAAAAAGAAAUCUGAAAGCGGAUUGUCAUACACCUCACAAACUCAUUGCAAUGUGGAUAAUUGGCUUAACUUUGAUGAAAAUAUAAUUGCCAUGGAUGAGGAAGAGUUUGGUGAAGAGGAUAUCCAUGAGUUCGCAAGGUUAGUCGAACAAUCUGACCGCACAUGGAAGCCUGCAAAAGAAGAAUUAGAACUGAUAAAUGUGGGCACCGAGGAUAAUAAAAGAGAGUUGAAGAUAGGGAAGUUAGUCUCUGCUGAUGAAGGAAGGAAAUUGAUUGCUCUUUUACAAGAAUAUGUUGAUGUGUUUGCCUGGUCAUACGCUGAUAUGCCUGGUCUGGAUACUGAUAUUGUGGUACAUAAACUACCUUUGAUAGAAGGUUGUAAGCCAGUUAAGCAAAAGUUGAGGAGGACAAGGCCAGAUAUACUAAUCAAAGUGAAAGAAGAAAUAAUGAAACAGUGGGAUGCUGGAUUCUUGGAAGUAGUCGAUUAUUCUCAAUGGGUGUCCAAUAUCGUAGUAGUACCCAAGAAAGAUAACAAAAUCAGGGUAUGUGUGGAUUUCCGAGACUUGAAUAAGGCAAGCCCAAAAGAUAAUUUUCCUUUACCCCAUAUAGAUGUGCUAGUGGAUAGUGCUGCUAAGAGUUCUACUUACUCUUUUAUGGAUGGUUUCUCUGGGUAUAAUCAGAUUAAAAUGGCCGAGCAAGACAAGAAGAAAACAACAUUUGUCACCCCGUGGGGAACAUAUUGCUAUAAAGUUAUGCCAUUUGGAUUGAAAAAUGCUGGGGCAACUUAUCAAAGAGCAAUGGUGACACUAUUUCAUGACAUGAUGCACAAAGAAAUUGAGGUAUAUGUGGAUGAUAUGAUUGCUAAGUCUAAAGAUGAGGAAAACCAUAUCCCAGCUCUGAAGAAAUUAUUUGAAAGGCUGAGAAAGUAUCAAUUAAAGUUGAACCCUGCAAAGUGUACAUUUGGGGUGAAGUCAGGGAAGUUAUUGGGAUUUAUGGUAAGCAAUAAUGGCAUAGAAGUAGACCCUGAUAAAGUGAAGGCCAUACAAGCUAUGUCAACUCCUAAAACCGAGAAAGAAGUUCGAGGUUUUUUGGGGCGUUUAAAUUACAUUGCUCGAUUUAUUUCACAACUUACAGUCACUUGUGAACCAAUCUUUCGAUUGCUUCGAAAGAAAAACCCUGGAGUAUGGGAUGAAGACUGUCAAAAAGCAUUUGAUAAGAUAAAACAAUAUCUGCAAAACCCACCUCUAUUGGUACCACCUGUGCCUGGAAAGCCUCUCAUUUUGUAUUUAACAGUAACUGAAUCAGCAAUGGGUUGUGUGCUUGGCCAACAUGAUGAGACCGGAAGAAAAGAACAAGCCAUCUACUAUCUUAGUAAAAAGUUCACUGAGUGUGAAUCUCGUUACAGUAUGGUUGAGAAGCUGUGUUGUGCUUUGGUAUGGAGUGCGAAAAGACUCCGGCAGUAUAUGCUAUAUUAUACCACUUGGUUAAUUUCAAAGAUAGAUCCUCUGAAAUAUAUUUUUGAAAAACCGUACAUGUCAAAUAGGCUAGCUAGAUGGCAAGUGUUGUUGGCUGAAUAUGAUAUCAUCUACAAAACAAGAAAAUCCGUGAAAGGAAGUGCAAUCGCAGACCAUUUAGCUGAUAAUGCCCUUGAAGACUAUGAGCCAUUAAAUUUUGACUUCCCUGAUGAAGAUGUGUUAGUAAUAGAAAGUGAUUGGUGGACCAUGUACUUUGAUGGUGCAGUGAAUGUGUCUGGUAAUGGAGCUGGUGCUGUAAUAAUUUCUCCAGAAGGGAAACAAUAUCCCAUCUCCAUUAAACUGCAAUUUAGUUGCACAAACAACACAGCUGAAUAUGAGGCUUGUAUUCAUGGAUUAGAAGCUGCAUUGGAACUAAAGAUACAAAAACUAGAGGUAUAUGGAGACUCCAUGUUGAUAAUCUGCCAGACAAAGGGGGAAUGGCAGACAAAAGAUGAGAAAUUGAAACCAUAUCAAGAAUAUCUCUCCAAGUUGGCUGAAAAGUUUGAAGAGAUAGAGUUCAAUCAUUUAGGAAGGGAUAAGAAUCAGUUUGCGGAUGCUUUAGCAACCCUGGCCUCUAUGGCCACAAUCGAUUGUGGUAUCAGAGUACAUCCUAUAGGCAUUGAUAUCAGAAGUUCUCCUGCUCAUUGUUAUUUAAUAGAAGAAGAAAUUGAUGGCAAUCCUUGGUAUGCAGAUAUAAAAAGAUUCAUCCAAUAUCGAGAAUAUCCUUCUGAAGCUUCAAAGACAGAUAAGAAGACGUUGAGAAGAAUGGCCAUGGAAUACUUUCUAGAUGGAGAAAUCUUAUACAAAAGGGCAUUUGAUGGGACUUUAUUAAGAUGCCUAGACAGAUCAGAAGCCAAUAAAGCUUUGUAUGAAGUACACGGAGGAAUUUGCACCACCCAUGCAAAUGGACACAUGAUGGCGAGAAAAAUGCAAAGAGCAGGGUAUUUUUGGAUGACUAUGGAGAAGGAUUGUAUAGAAUUUGUCCGAAGAUGUCAUAAAUGUCAGGUGUAUAGUGACAAAAUCAAUGCGCCUCCAUUGCCCUUAUUCAAUAUGGUGUCACCUUGGCCAUUUGCAAUGUGGGGGAUAGAUGUGAUUGGGCCUAUUAAUCCAAAAGCUAGCAAUGGUCAUCGAUUUAUCUUGGUCGCAAUUGAUUAUUUUACAAAGUGGGUAGAGGCCUGUUCAUAUGCUCAUGUGACGCAGAAAGUGGUCAAGCGUUUCAUUGAGAGAGACCUAAUUUGUAGGUAUGGUUUGCCAGAAAGGAUAGUAACCGAUAACGCCAAGAACUUCAAUGGGAAGAUGAUCGUGGAAUUAUGCACUAAAUGGAAAAUCAAGCAUUCCAAUUCAUCCCCUUACCGACCAAAGAUGAAUGGUGCUGUUGAAGCAGCUAACAAGAACAUAAAGAAGAUUGUCCAGAAAAUGGUGGUUACAUAUAAAGAUUGGCAAGAAUGGCUUCCUUAUGCUUUACAUGCAUAUCGAACAGCAAUAAGAACGUCCACUGGGGCUACACCUUAUUCAUUAGUUUACGGAAUGGAGGCAGUGAUGCCUUUGGAAGUAGAGAUUCCUUCUUUAAGGGUCCUCAUGGAAUCUGAGCUAGAAGAGGCUAAAUGGGCAAGAAUACGAUAUGAACAGCUAAAUAUGAUCAGUGAAAAGAGAUUAGCUGCAAUCUGUCACCACCAAUUGUAUCAAAAAAGGAUAGCAAGAGCAUAUGACAGAAAAGUUCGAUCAAGAGAGUUUGAAGCAGGAGAUCUUGUAUUGAGAAAAAUCCUAUUACUACCUAAUGAAAAUCAUAGCAAGUGGGCACCCAAUUAUGAAGGUCCUUAUGUAGUAAAAAAGGCAUUCUCUGGAGGAGCAUUGAUACUGACAGGAAUGGAUGGAGAAGAGUUAAGUAGGCCAGUGAAUUCCGAUUCUGUGAAGAAAUAUUAUCCAUGA